GCGCGCGACCGGCUGCGCGCAGGGCAGUGACAGCCCCGCACCCACGCGCCUGAAGGCAGCUCCCGCCAGGGGGAAUACGCGAAAAAGUAUCUCGCUAGCAACAGAGUGUUGCGGUUUGCCAGACCGACCCCUUGGGACGAGGCAUGAAGAAGCAACUACAGUAGUUGCAACUAUUGAGGGUGGACGGAGGCUGCGGCCCAAAGCUCUGUCAUCACGGCUUCUAAGAACAAGCCACGCUGGCAAGGGCACGGAAUUAACGAGAAAUUACAGUUCAGUUCCUGUAAGAGAAAUGUCUACAUGGUACAUUGGAAACCUGAUUCUUGAAAACGAUGCGCACAGCGAAAAGUGCGAAAGAACUCUGCAACAUUGCACAUGGACACCAGUGCACUAUUCAAGAUCAAACAGUCUCGUGAAGUAUGCACAACCAAGAGUCGUCCCACAGGUACUGGCAGCUGUAUUUUCUUGCUGGGUGAACCUGGCAAGUGGGGCUAGUGUGGCCUACAUCACACCUGCACUGCAGACUUUGCAGAAACCCGAAAGCAGCCUGGAAAUGAGCGAUGUUCAGGGAUCCUGGAUCGCCAGUCUCACCAUGCUAGGUGCUUUCUUGGGUGGCAUCUCUGCAGGACCGUGCAUCGCUUUUGGCCGCCGCCGUGCGCUCUGGCUAGUCGCCUUCCCACUAGCCUCAUCCUGGGUCGUCGUCAUCGUUGCCAGCGCCGUUUGGUACCUCUGUGUCGCCCAUUUUCUCAUGGGUGUCUGCAUGGCUGUGGUCGCCGAUGCCUCUCAGGUUUACGUGUGCGAGAUAGUAUCAGCGGACUGGCGCGGAUCACUGGGCUGUGUGCCAGUACUCAUGUUCAACCUAGGCAUGCUGCUGUGCUGGUGCGCCGGUGCAUGGCUCGAGUGGGACCACCUGGCAGUGUUCUGCGCUGCGCUAACACUUCCCGCGUUGGUGCUGCCUCUGUGGCUUCCCGAGACGCCCAGCUAUCUGGUUUCGCACUCGUGUACGGAGCAGGCGCUCGCCUCACUCAGCUGGCUACGUGGCAAGAGGUGCGACAUCAACUCCGAAUACCAGCUGGUGAUGGGCGUAUCCCUCGCGGGACUCGGCUCGUUCUUCUACUUCUACGACGAGUCGGACUGCGCGCGCGGCUCGGCGCUCGGCUGGGUCCCGCUGGCCGCCAUCCUGGUCUACAUCGUGUGCAACUCGGCGGGGCUGGGCCCCGUCUCGGGGAUCCUCAUCGGGGAGCUGGUCCCCCAGCGCCACCGCAACCUCACCAGCUCCGUCACCAGCGCCGGCAGCUGGCUCGGCGCCUUCGUCGUCACCAAGACGUUCGUCGACCUGGACCGCAGCGUGCACCUCUCUGGCACCAUGUGGCUCUACUGCGCCAUGUGCCUCGUGGGGCUGGCGUUCGUCUUCUUCGCGCUGCCCGAGACCCGGGGCCUGUCCCAGUACGCCAUAGACAACCUGUUUGCGAGCGACGCGUCUCUGCAGCCGCCGCUGCCGACGUCACGGCGGCACAGCAGCCUGACGAGCAUCGACUUCAACAAGAACCAGACCAGAUUUUGACGGGGAACCAGCACGGAGCGUUCCGUUUCCGCCGCGACUUUCGUCCGACUCGACCAAAGCCCCCCGAUUUUCGUGCGGGCUCCUUGCCGUGCUAUUGCACCAUGGAGCAAAUUUUUAUCUAAUUCACACUGCCCCUCUCACAGGUUAUCCCAGGACACUACCAACAUUACAAAUGUUCACGUUUUGUCGGGCAAACACGGCGCAUUCAAGUUAAAGAUGCAUCAGCACAUCAGCUUCAAGUGCUUUGGUAUCGACGAGUACUAAAUAAAUGAAAGAGGUAAUGCAACCGAACUAAUAGUGUUGGUGCCGAUACUGUGUGCAGAGCAAAUGGUUCAUAGCUCCUAGGUAAAACGCAAGCACAGUUAUUCUGGCUGACUGGGACAAAAUUCUGUGCUGCCAGAAAACUACAUUAAGGUUAUCAGUGUUACAGUAAAUUAACGUAAAUAGACAUGCAUGAAGGCUUGCCUCACUGCUAGAUAUUUUUUCAGGGUCACGAGCAAAUAACAGGCCCAACCCUUCACUUUAGGUUACAAUGAAAAUCUGUAAACAGUAUUUGCAAAAACUGACAGCAUAUCUGCAUUUACUUUUCUCGCAUAUCCCUAAGUGGCCUACACAAAAACUCUUGAACAGACAGACCAUGUAAGUUGAAGUAUCGGAUGCAUCAACAGGGAUUCCCAAAGAAUUGUCUAAAAUUUUCCGAACUAAAAUUUAGCAUUUCUCUAGUUUUCCCUGGACAAUAUUUCAAAUUUCCCUGGCAAAUAUUUUUAAUGAUUUACAUAUACAGCCUAAACCACCUCCAAGGCUGAACAUAGUCUUUGCUCCUCUUUCUUUAUUUCAAACUGAACCUCACAUAUGCCAUUUUGUAGUUUUUAUGACUUGGCAGAAUAAAGCAUGAUAUUUCACCCCCAAAUUACUAUCACUGGGGAGUUUUCAGGACUUUUACAAGAUUUCAAGUAAAUUCCCUGACCGAUUACAGCUUUUCUGACUUUCCAUAAUGUAGAUGCCUUGAUCAAGAAACUUAUUCAUAGGCAAAGCAUAAUAAUACUGCCUCUGCAUAACGUCCCACCUCAAAUCUUGCUUCAUGCUGCUAAUUGGUCAACGAUCCUCUAAUACCGGCCAGUAGCGUGACAUAGUUACGAAACACGACACUUAUUGGUGUUUGAAAUUGGUUUUAAAUCUUAAUUAGAAUAAAUAAACUUGGAAUUUAAAUAUUCCCCUUCCUGUUAUUUUUUUAUUUACUUUUAUAUGAUGAUUCAAAUGCAUAUUUAGAGCACAAGUUUGAAGGGAAAAAAUAAUUUUCUCAAUUCUUUAAAAAAAUAUAUAUUAAUUAUUCUUGCUGACAAAGAGCCUAGGACAGCAAAAGUCUCAGGUCAAAAACAUUUAUCGAUGGCUUAGAAUGAAAACCUUGUAUCUCAUACUGAACAUACAAGGUUUUCUCUACAAUGUGGAGUGCUACUCAUAUACGUGGUUUCUUUUUUUCCCGAUAGAAAGCAGUAGGAUGCACAUUUUAUUUCUUUCAGCCAAACAUUUUGUGAGAUACGAGGUUUUCCAGCCAAAAACAUAAAAAACGUAUUUUCGUCCAAAAAUUGAGAUACGAGGUUUUCAUUCUAAGCCAUCGUUAUGUUGUUUUCAUUUGCUCCAGUAACUUAUGGUUACUCAUGUAACUUACAGACUGAACUUUUGAAUGAAAAUAAGUUACAUAUAACAUAUAAGAAAAGUCUUAUAAUCUGAACUUUUUAAUUAUAUUUACGACAAACUUCUUGCAAGUAACUGUUUGUUUGAAAUUUUUUCGUAAAAAUUUCAUGCUGAAAAUCAAGAGUUUGGAACAUUUCUGAAAAGUUUACCACAAGUCCCAACUAUGGAAAACAACUUUGUAGCUGCUUUGAGAACUGUCAAAAUGUUGCACUUAAUAAACCAUUUUAAUGCAA